AUGGCGCAGCAACAGGCAGACAAUGUUAUGCGAAGGGGAUGGUGCGUGUGGGAAGACGAGUCUUCUCAGCGUAUUCACACUGGGUUACUUCCCUACAUGUUCGAGAACUACGUUACAGACUGCCGGGUGGACGGCCGGUCAGUACAGCUUGCUCUGUGGGAUACCGCAGGACAGGAAGACUACGAACGACUGCGCCCAUUAGCAUACUCAAAGGCACAUGUCCUCCUAAUCGCAUUCUCAGUCGAUACCCCUGAUUCUCUGGAAAACGUCAAGCACAAGUGGAUUGAGGAGGCAAAUGAGCGUUGUCCAGAUGUCCCUAUCAUACUUGUCGGACUGAAGAAGGAUCUCCGUGAAGACCCUCUCGCUAUUGAAGAAAUGAGAAAAAAGUCACAACGCUUCGUUUCUCCAAGAGACGGCAGUGAGGCCGCAGCUGAGAUUGGAGCUAGAAAAUACCUUGAAUGUUCUUCUCUCACUGGUGAGGGUGUAGAUGACGUGUUCGAAGCUGCCACACGCGCCGCGCUUUUGACGUUCGGAAAGACCAGAGGCCCAUGCUGUGUAAUCUUAUAA